AUGCUGGCGUCGCUAACGAGCAAGAACGGGGGCGGAGGCGGCGGCGGAAGCAGCAGCUGCCAGGCACAGCCCGGCGGCGGCGCCGCCAACAACAGCAACAACAACAGCAACAACGCCAGCAGCGCCGGCAGCGAGGCCUCGCGGCCCACGACGUCGAGCGAGCGGCCGGCGAGCGAGCCCGCAUGGUCGAUUUUCGGCGUGCGCAACAGCUCGCAGCACGUCCGCAACUCGCGCCAGCCCCGCUAUCCCGGCCUGCACCAGGGCCCUGAGUCGGAGCCGGAGGUGUCGAUGCGCGCCGAGGACGAGCUGUUCGCCGGCGUCCCGCUCAUCGACUUCCUCGACCUCGACGCCAGGCCCGUCUUCGCCGUCGACCUGCUCGCCAAAUGCACCUCGGGCUCCGCGCCGGACCUGUCCGCCGCCUCGUCCGUCUCGUCGUCGUCGAACAACCUCCACGUCCCGCCGUCGCCGUCCCCGUCCCCUGCGUCGCGGCCCCAGUCGCUGCCCAUAAUAUACUACAACCACGCGCUGCAGGAUGCCGGCAACCUGCUGGAGGUCGUCGAGGGCCGCGCGCAGAGCAGCCCCUACGGGCAGCCCGCGUGGGUCACGCACUCGGUGUUCAGGGCGUGGGUGCUCGACCUGUCGCGAAGCAUGCACGGGAGCGCGCGCAAGGGCACCAUCGUGUACGGCGGUGUGACCUGGGCGGCGACGACGGUGAGCAGGCGCUGGAAGGUGCUGUACGGGGAGGCCUACCGCCACCGGGAUCAUCUGACCGGCUCGUUUUCCAACAUACAGUUUUCCACAAAGGCCGUGGGCGAAGACGUGGAGAAGACGAUUGAGGAGAAGCCCGAAGACGAUUUGAGGGGGAAGUCGGACGACUAUUUAAGUGGGGUGCCGGGCGACUACUUGAGCGGGAUACUCGAGGAGCAAAACUUGCCAAAAGAGGACCUUUUGCAGACGGAAGAAAAGGCGGACUCGAGGAAAGAGGAGGUGGAAUCGAGGAAAGAGGAGGUGGAAUCGAGGAAAGAGGAGGUGGAAGCGAGGAAAGAGGUGGAUCCCAGGAUGAAAGAGUUGGAUUUGGUGAGGAGGGGUUCGGGAGCUGAGAGGUUCAGGAAAGACUCGGUGAAGUACGAGAGAAGACACAGCCUACCGCCACCUGUUGAAGCAGUACCUCUCACUCCCGGAACCAGUACCUACUAUCGGCAGAGCUCACUGCCAGUCGAUGUCCGAUACGAUUGGACAUGCACUCCUCCGCCGCCUAACCUUGUUCCACACGUCCAACUAAUUCGCGGCAUAGACUGGGCAGAGACGCCGCUGGGCCCAAUCGAGUCAUGGUCUCCUACCUUGAAGUUCAUGUGCAACCUGGUGAUGGCUUGCCCAAACCCAGCCAUUGUGUUCUGGGGCCCAAAGCUAAACAUGAUCUACAACGAAGCAUACAUCCCCAUUGCCGGUGCAAAACAUCCCGCGAUGCUAGGCUCUCCGCCGUGGGUUAGCUUCGAAGAAGCAUGGGAUGAUUUCGAACCAUUUGUGCGGAAUUGUGAGGAGACGGGAUGUGGUGCCAUGGUCGAGAACAUGCUGCUGUUCCUGAACCGGGGGGCUGGCCUCCAGGAAGAAUUUUAUUGCUCGUUCAGCUUCACGCCCAUUCUAGAGAACGAUCAGAUCGUAGGCUGGCACGAGGUCGUUUUUGAAACAACAAAGCAGAUGAUCACCGAACGAAGGAUAUCAACUCUGCUCACUCUCAGUGAGAAGCUUUUUGCGUCAAUCACCCUCAAGCACUUUUGGGACCAAACACUCGAAGGCCUGCAAUCCAAUUCGCAGGACAUUUGCUUCGCGGUUUUGUACUCAGUAAGUGACUUGGCCGGAGAGUCCAAUUCCGGAGGCCCAGAACGAAGCUCGUCGAGACGCUAUGAGCUCGAAGGAAGCAUCGGCGUCCCGGAAGGACAUCCUGCAAUAGCAACCCGCCUUGACGUGGCUUUGGGCAAGGAUUGCUACAUGCGAUUCUUCCGCGCCGCUGCAGAAUCCAGCGAGCCACUUUUUCUCAGCACAAAGGACGGCUCUUUGCCUGAAUCCUUGGUCCAAGGCAUAGAAUCGAGAGCUUGGAACGAGCCUUGCGAGUCUGUCGUUAUCUGUGCCAUUCGCCCGACAACUGGCCACGCUUCCACUCGCGAUACUGCUUUGGGCUUCCUGGUUCUUGGACUAAACCAUCAUCGGCCGUAUGACGAGGAGUACAGGACUUUCAUUCAAUUACUCAACCGCCAAUUGACAACUUACCUCGCUUCCGUUCUGUUGCUAGAAGAAGAGACCAGACGAGGACGUACUGUCGCUGAACAAGCUGCCCUCGACCAGCAGAAGAUCGAGGAGCAGUUGCAGCUUCGCACGCGUGAACUGGAGCAGAGCGAGCUUCAGCUCCAACAUUUUGCUGACGCCAUACCUAUUGGGAUAUUUAUCCUCGAAUUUACGCCCGAUAACAUGGGCGGGAGCUACAGAUAUCGAAACGAGAAAUGGUUUGAGAUGAUGGGGGACUCUCGCGAGAAUACGCCCAGCUGGGAUAGUCCAUUGUGGCAACAAAUGCAUGCGGAGGAUCUCGAAAGCGUGCAAGGCUGCUGGAAAAAGCUUAUGGAGGAAAAAACGGAACAGAGUUUCGAGUUUAGAAUUCCUCGGCGAGCAGAUCAGCAAGGAGGCGAAUGCACCUGGAUCCUCUGCCACGCCUUCUCGGUAGUGACGGAUGACGGCUGGCUUCGAUCGGUUGUCGGUUCAGUCACGGAUAUCACAACGAUCAAAUGGGCGGAGGGUAUCCAAAAGCGAAAGAUGGAGGAUGCGAUCGAGGCAAAGAGACAACAAGAGAACUUUAUUGAUGUCACAUCGCAUGAGAUGCGUAACCCGCUCAGUGCCAUCAUGAUCUCGGCGGACGAUAUAAUUGCGUCCCUGAAGGAGCUGAACCGAAACGCCAAAGACUUUGAUAUGGUCAUUGAAAAUAGCAUCGACGCUGCCAAUACGGUGCUGCAUUGCGCUCAACACCAGAAAAGAAUAGUCGACGACAUCUUGACGAUCAGCAAACUCGACUCUGGUCUUUUCUCCAUCAAUCCGAUCGAGGUGCAACCGGUCGGUCUGAUCAAUGAUCUCUCCAAGAUGUUCGCCGGCGAAUACAAUGCCGCUGGCAUAACGCAGACAGUGAUCGUGGAAGAUUCGUACAAAAGCCUCGGAGUCGACUGGGUCCUACUGGAUUCGAGUCGACUCACACAAAUUCUCAUUAACCUCAUCACCAACAGCAUCAAGUUCACUCAGUACCAAUCUGCGCGCGAAAUCCAGAUUCGCGUCGGUGCAUCCAAAGAAAAACCGACGAUGAGUAGUGAAGGCAUACAAUACCUCGAUUUCCGGAUGCCCCGUGAGGACUUGACCCAGAGAAAAGAAUGGGGGGACGGCGAAGAGCUCUACCUGCAUUUCUCAGUUGCGGAUACCGGGUGCGGGCUUACAGUGGAUGAAAAGAAGCUCCUUUUCAUGCGUUUCUCGCAAGCACCGCGUACCAUGGUGCACUAUGGAGGCUCUGGACUCGGCCUAUUCAUAUGUCGCGAACUCACAGAACUUCAAGGUGGCUCAAUAGGCGUUGACUCUGAAUCCGGGAAGGGCUCGACGUUCGCAUUCUACGUCAAGACUCGCCGACUUCUUCCAAGGAUAUCCGUGUUGCCGAGCCGAGCAGCACAUGCAGGGCAUGAGUUGACGGCCCUGCAGCAGCUGCAGAACAUCGAGCAGACUUUCGAGCAGCCGCUUAUGCCUCGCCAAGACCAGCUCGCACCCAGUCCGUUCAGCAACCAAGUGACACGGCCGUCAUCACCAACAACACCGGGAACAACGACGAACACGACUACGUCGACGAACUCGGUCCCGUCGUCUUCGCCAUCGAUGGCACGCCCCCCUUUCGACUGCCUGAUUGUCGAGGACAACAAGGUCAACCAACAAGUCAUGAGCAAAGGGCUCGUCAAGCUUGGGCACACGGUCUUUGUGGCCAACCAUGGCGCUGAGGCGCUCGAUUUCCUGCGGUCGACGAGGCACUGGCGCGGAAAUGCGGCGGAUGCACAGCAUCUGUCUGUGGUGCUCAUGGACAUUGAGAUGCCGGUCAUGGAUGGCUUGACGUGCGUGCGGGAGAUCAGGAAGCUGGAGAAGGAGGGGCACUUUGCCGACAAAAUGAGAGUGAUUGCCAUUACGGCGAAUGCUCGAGUCGAGCAGGUCAACACGGCGAUGCAGGCGGGCAUGGACGACGUUGUGAGCAAGCCGUUCAGGGUCGCGGAGCUGAUUGCGAGCAUCGAAAGACUUGUGGAUUCGAAAGAGCCGAGGGUGGAGACGGUGGAGGUGGAAGAGGCAGACUGA